AUGCACUGUCCGGGCUCGGCGAAAAAUACGAAGGAGACCAUAGCGCUAAAGGAGCGAUUCAAAGUAGACAUUCCCCAUCGCUUCAAAACCUACAACUUUAAAAGUCCAACGUUUUGCGACCAUUGUGGUUCGAUGCUUUAUGGUCUAUUCAAACAAGGGUUGCGAUGUGAAGUGUGCAAUGUGAACUGUCAUCACAAGUGCGAGAAGCUGAUGUCCAAUCUAUGUGGAGUGAAUCAGAAGCAAUUGUCGGAGGCACUCUAUGAGAUCAAAAGAGGAACAGCAGCCAGUUCUAGUUGUCCACCUGCCAUUGGCAAUUUACAUCUGGGUAAUGGAGAUUCAAAACAUGCGAAUGGAAGUCUACCGAAUAAGUUGAAGAAUUUCUUCAAAGCACAGCAGUAUAGUGUAGAAAACCAUGCUGAGAAUGACGAGUACGUUCGUUACAGUAUCUGCAAGGGUAACGUCCACAACUCAAAAUCCUUCUUCAGGUAUAUGAACAAUAUCUGGACAGGCGGUGAAGGCCCGGUGAAGAAAUUCGGUUUACAGCAUUUCACUCUGAUGAAAGUGCUUGGAAAAGGCAGUUUUGGCAAGGUGAUGUUGGUAGAACUGAAGGGUAAAAACGAGUUCUAUGCAAUGAAAUGUCUGAAAAAAGACGUAAUCCUGGAGGACGACGACACAGAAUGCACGUAUAUCGAGCGACGGGUUCUUAUUCUGGCCAGUCAAUGUCCAUUCCUCUGCCAACUGUUCUGCUCCUUCCAGACCAACGUGAUGUUGGUAGAACUGAAGGGUAAAAACGAGUUCUAUGCAAUGAAAUGUCUGAAAAAAGACGUAAUCCUGGAGGACGACGACACAGAAUGCACGUAUAUCGAGCGACGGGUUCUUAUUCUGGCCAGUCAAUGUCCAUUCCUCUGCCAACUGUUCUGCUCCUUCCAGACCAACGAGUAUUUGUUCUUCGUGAUGGAGUAUUUGAAUGGAGGCGAUUUGAUGCAUCAUAUCCAACAGGUCAAGAAAUUCGACGAGAAUCGAACUCGAUUCUAUGCCUGUGAGAUCAUUGUCGCCUUGCAGUUCCUCCACGCGAACAAUAUUAUCUACCGGUAA